UACUAUUGGAACAAACCAAGAUGCAAAGGAAAAAUAAAUGACUUCCUGCAACAACGUGUGAGGUGUGUUUUUUACGGAGCAUGAACGCAUCGUGCUGCGUUCACGUCGGCUGUGAAAUCUGCAAACCGUUGAGCAAAUCCAGCAGAAAACAGUUUUCCUCUGAACAGAGAAGAAUAAAAGGGAGUAUUUUAACGUGUGUAAUGUGACGGCGGGUUGCCACGGCGCCGGCGCCCCCUGCUGGGGAAGCCUCCUCGCUUUGCUUUGGGAAUAAAUCAUUGCCAAGAAAGUGAAAUAGAUUUUGAGAGAAUAUCUUGCAGACGCGUUUGUGUCUUGUUUUGUUUGUUGUUAUUUUCACGCUGCAGGAAUCUGAGCGGGUUCCUCAACGUGUGAGGAUCCCAUCCGCUGAAGACCUCGCAUCUCCACUGUGACGAACUGAAGGAGGAAGUUCUCCUUCACGUGUUCCUCCUACUUCCUGACACGCAUAAGCUCCUUGAAGACACUCGGCUGCUGUGGACGAGCCUGACAGCGACGAGGCGCCAGACGUCUGGUGGCGAAGAGGAGGACAGGAGGUGAUGAAGAGGAUGGCGAUGAAGGUGCACCUGCUGGUGUGGGCUGUCGUUUUAUCGAUUUCUUCAAUUUCCAGAGGAGAAAACGUCACGUCUGUUUCUGCAGGCGAUGCGACAGGUGCUCCGGACGCCUCGAGUCCGUCGCCACGCGAGACCAGCGGCCCGCCGGCGACUCAAACAGCCGCCAAUCGAUCGGACCGGGGCCCAGCGGUCUCCACGACUCCAGAAGGACGAAAAGACGUUUCAAACAACUCGACAGAGGACACCGUCACCAGCACGGCGCCCCCGCUGACCCCCGUCAGUACCGCCGUCAGUACCGCCGUCAGUACCGCCGUCAGAACCGGCGUCAGAACCGGCGUCGGUACCGGCGUCGGUACCGGCGUCGGUUCCGGCGAUGAGAGAACGCAGGGGACUGCAGGCUACGUGGUCCUCGGCUUGAUCGUCCUGGUGAUCAUCGUUCUGUCUGUGAUCCUCUACUUCCUCAAGAGAGCCUCCCAGGUAAGCCCCAUUCCACCUUAACCCCCCCCACUCAUUCCAC